AUAUGUAUGUCAACUGUGAACAUACUAAGGGUUUUGGUUAAUGUUGAGGCAUCGCAUACAUGCACAAAGGAUGACCAGUACUGUAUUAACGCCUGGAAAUAUUGUUCGACCAGAAAUCGAUCAACAGAAAGUUACACAACUUUUACGGAGUCUUUAUGGUCUGCAUGUUUUACAUAUGAAAGAACUUAAUAGUUAUGAUGAUCGAAAUUUUCACGUGCAAGUAACAAGAGAGAGUGUUAAUCCUAACAUUCAAAGUGUAUCAUCUAAUGGAUACGUUCUGAAAAUACUCAAUUCUUUGGAUUCGGAAUUUGAAGAAGCAAUAGAAGCUCAGAAUGUCCUUAUUCAUCACCUUGCCAACAAAGAAAUCAACACGCCCAAACCAUUGAAAAGCUUAGAUGGCAGAUUGAUGUCAACAGAAAUAUUGGCAGGUGGAAGACAUCAUAUUGUUCGACUGUUUGAGUACCUGCCUGGUCGUAUUUUAGCAGGUUUAUCAUAUACUAAAGAUAUUGCCUAUGAAGUUGGACAGUUAACUGGAGAGCUGGACCAGUGCUGUUGUGAUUUUCACCAUGUAGGAUUUGACAACCAUAAAAGAAUAUGGAGCCUGACAGAAGUUCCUAAACUUCUUGAAUUUCUUUCCUAUAUAGAAGAUACUGAACAAAAGAAUCUUGCCGGUGAAGUGAUCGACGUGUUUGUUAAAAACGUUGUUCAGAAUUAUAGUAGUCUUAAAAAAGGCAUCAUUCACGGAGACGUUAAUGAACAAAACAUCCUAGUCCAACAGAAUGAUGACGGCGAUUAUCAUGUGAUAGGUAUUAUAGACUUCGGUGAUGCUGCGUAUUCCUGUUAUGUAUUUGAAGUGGCUAUUGCCAUGGUAUACAUCAUGCUAGAAAGUGACAUUUUAGAUCCGAUAAUUGCAGGAGGAUACACUUUGGCGGGGUUUCUAGCAAAAUUUCUCAUACCGGAAGCAGAUCUGAAUGUACUCAAGGAAUGUAUAUGUGCAAGACUUGUUCAGAGUUUGAUCAUGGGCAUUUAUUCCACUGCAAUGCAUCCUGAAAAUUCUGAUUAUGUUCUGAAGACUUCAAAAAAGGGUUGGAAUAUGCUGAAGUUGAUAUGGAACAAACCAGCUACGGAACUGAAAGAAACAUGGAACAAGUGUUUUUAAACGAAAAUGCAGACGGAAUCAAAAUUGGCAGAGAUCAAAUAACUAUGUCGUCUUAUCGUAUUCUAUGACAUUUAGGGAUAUAAUAAAAAUGACAAUAUGUGAUGAUUUGUUAAUGAUUAAAAAGAACAUGACAAUUCCGUUAUUUUUAACUAGUAAACAACAUUGUAGAAUCCCAUUAUUUUGCAUUUUAUUUCAAUUCUACAGUUACUGAAUGAAAAAGUUAUGCUAAUUCUGGGUAUGGUCGUUUGUAAACAAAGAGUUUCAAAUGAUUUAAACAUUGUACAUAAUGUAUAUAUAUAUAUGUU